GUGGAUUAGUGUAAAUUUACUUUAGUUCCUCUGCUUUAAUAGAACAUAGUCAAAAGUCAGAGGGGAUGUGCCUCAUAUACUGAAUCUUCUGCUUGUGUUCUCUUCUCAGACUGCCAUGGCUGGUUCAACGCCUGCCAGGCUCAAGGUGAUUUUGGGGGAGAACAACGUGGAAAAACUGACUCUUCCAGAUGGAAUCCCAAACUCACUGGAUGACCUUCUCAGCAAGAUAAAGAAUACCUUUGGGCUGGAGGGCAACAUCAGAGUACAAUACAUGGACCCAGAUUUUGGCAACGACUUUUUCAACCUGAAUUCUACCACUGAGCUUCAGGAUUUGGGGACAAUCAAGGUGAUCCAGCAGCGAACAAAUCCACCUUCGAUCAGUGCCAUUGAGACCACCUCAUCUCAAUCCCUGUCAAUUGAGUCGGAUGACAGUUUUUCAGCGGGAUCACAUGAUACAGUGCUCCUCUCGUCCCCUGAGUCUGUGUCAUCUCGAAAACAACAGUUGCCAGCGGCCUUCCCACUACCUCGAUUUUCCUACGACACAGAGCUGCAACUAGAGAAGGGGAAUUCUGAGUACCACGUCAGCCUCAAAAUAUUGACCCUCACUUCCCGAAUGAAGUCUGAUAUCCUGAAUAAACUGGCAGAAGAAAUUUUCAAGUACAAAGCUUACCCAGAAGAUGCCCAUUUCUGUACAGUUGCAGAGGCCUUAAUCAAGAAGUACCCUUGUUUAAAGGAGCCUGGAUCAUUUAAUGGGUGCUAUGGUUGGAAACAGAGACUGAAGUACAAGAACUUCAGGACUCUGCUGAAAUUGCAGGGGUGUCCAGAGCUGUCAGUAAAUUCCCUGAAAUCCAAAGCUACUGCAGAUGCUUUCCCGGCUAAAAAAGUGAAGAGGCCAAAACGAGCUGAAGCUAAUUUUUUUCCAUCCUUUCCCAUUGGUGAGACUCUGGAAAGCCUUGAAAAAGAAAGACUUGAACUUCUGAGGCAGGUCGUCAUAAGGAAUAACGAAAGAGUCAUCGCAGACAAAAUGGCUCUCACAUUUGCCUACAGAAGACAAGAGAUCAUAAAUAAAGAGCCCAGCCUCAACGAUUUUAAAAACAGAUGGCCUGCACUCUUCCAACGAAGAGAGAUCAACGCAGAGUUCCAGAGGCUCAUGGCUGUUCCCCUGGAGGAGAAGUUCAUGGCCAAGUUGGACCUGAACUCCAGUGAGCUGAUGAGAGUGAUCCGUAAGAAAGGAGGAGCAACACGCCAGAGGCUUGCUGGCAUCAUUCAGACUAUGGACCAGGACUCAAGUGCUGAUAAGGACCUGGACCAGCUCACCAUGGCGAUAGUUGUAAUUCGCAAGUUGGGGCAAGGAGGUCAGGAGCCACCGGAGGAUAUCAGCAUCGUCAUCGAGGGCGUGGAGGUGCUGAGUGUCCAAUUAUUCUGCCACUUGUCCACCGGAGAGCAACCAGCCAAGCAAAGGUAUCUAAAAACACAGAGCAAAAACAGGCCGACACCAAGAGGGACUACAAGACAGCAGAGCAAGCUGGACCGCUUACAGGUGACUGACAAGAUGAACUGCCAGAGAGUGAGAGGAAGUGGCAGACUAAAUACUCUGUGGGUGAAGGAGCUAACAGGAAACGGGUGA